AUGAACUCCAGUGCCCCACCGUGGCGUUCUACAGCAUCUGCCCCGAUGCCUAGAGCUCCUGCUUUUUCUACUGCUGCGACACCUGCUUAUACUCCAGUCCAAGCACGUCGUAGUCUUGCCCAUAACAAAGUCAACGCCCCAGCCAACGGAUAUCCUGCCUCUCAGGCCAAUAUGGCGAUGCCGGAUUCAGAAGAUCGCAAGCGAGUGGAAUUCCCGCCACCCGUUCGUUCCUACGUGCAACGGUGUUUCGCCCCCGAGAAUCAGAUUGCCAGCGUGACCAUUCCCGAAAUGCAGGAGAAAUUAAAAAUUGUGAUCACCGAGGCAGCCGAGAACCAAAAGCUGCACGCGAUCGAUUGGGAGCGGCUCCCCUUGCCACAGGUCAUGGUACAAAAUGAACGCAAUAAGAUCCUGGCCAACCCGGCUUCCUCAAACUGGGCGUCUCAGCCGUCUUCUCCCGGAGAUGCCGCACGCAAGAGGAAGUCAACCGACCCACACCAGCUACAGAAUGGAUCUCCGCCUUGGAGAAAAGCUAACAACAACCGUUUUGAAGACCGCGUUACUCACCCUAGUACAGAAAAAAAACAGAAAAUGACACUGGACCAGUCUAGUAAGUCCAAAGCUAAUUUGGAAAUGCGGAGGAGGCGUUUUGAGGGACUGAGCAUCAACGGAAACUCUCCUUCAUCCCCUACCGAAUCCCCGGGACGAGCCACCGCCGACCAAGGACCCGUUGUCGGACGAUGCCAAACCCUGGAGAAAAACUACUUCAGAUUGACUUCUGCUCCCAACCCAGACACUGUUCGUCCCCUCCCAGUACUGAAGAGUGCCCUGGAUCUAUUGAAGAAGAAAUGGAGGCAUGAUGGCAACUAUGGUUACAUCUGCGAUCAGUUCAAGUCCCUACGCCAGGAUCUAACGGUCCAACACAUUCGCAAUGAGUUCACCGUCUCUGUCUACGAAAUCCAUGCGCGUAUCGCCUUGGAGAAAGGGGAUCUUGGUGAGUACAACCAGUGCCAAACCCAGCUACGAGUGUUAUAUGCACAGCAGCUGGGAGGACACCCGACAGAGUUCAAGGCGUAUCGUAUCCUCUAUUUCAUUUACACCCGGAACUGGACGGCCAUGAACGAUGCACUAGCCGAUGUCACAGCAGAAGAUAAGAAAGACCUGGCUGUCAAGCAUGCUCUAGAUGUCCGCUCUGCCCUUGCACUCGGGAACUACCAUCGCUUCUUUCAGCUUUAUCUUGACACACCGAAUAUGGGAGCCUACCUCAUGGACAUGUUUGUUGAACGUGAGCGGCUGAGCGCUCUAUGUGCCAUUUGCAGGGCGUACAAACCCGUUGUCAACAUUCGGUUCAUCACCGAAGAACUUGGAUUCGAAUCCGACGAGCAGACUGCCCAUUUCGUCAUCAACAAUGCGUCUGCAGAGCUAUUGGAAGAAAAUAAUGGCGAAGUGCGACUGUUGACAGGCAAAGCAGGCUUGCUGUUUGAAAACGCCAAGGCAGCUGCCUAUCGCGUGGUCGAUAUCAAGGGUCAGAUAUAA